UCCAUGGCUCCCCAGUGCCGCUCAGGACAUAGGAGCAUGGGAUUCUGGGUUCGCUGUGACCAAGGCUCACUGCCCCUCCGAGGUUCAUGCUUACAUCAUCAGCUACCUGAAGAAGGAGAUGCCCUCUGUGUUUGGGAAGGAGAACAAGAAGAAGCAGCUGAUCCUCAAACUGCCCGUCAUCUUUGCGAAGAUUCAGCUGGAACAUCACAUUUCCCCUGGUGACUUUCCUGAUUGCCAGAAAAUGCAGGAGCUGCUGAUGGCGCACGACUUCACCAAGUUUCACUCGCUGAAGCCGAAGCUGCUGGAGGCGCUGGAUGAGAUGCUGACGCACGACAUCGCCAAGCUCAUGCCCCUGCUGCGGCAGGAGGAGCUGGAGAAUACCGAGGUGGGCGUGCAGGGGGGCGCUUUUGAGGGCACCCACAUGGGCCCGUUCGUGGAGCGGGGACCUGACGAGGCCAUGGAGGACGGUGAGGAGGGCUCGGACGACGAGGCCGAGUGGGUGGUGACCAAGGACAAGUCCAAAUACGACGAGAUCUUCUACAACCUGGCGCCUGCCGACGGCAAGCUGAGCGGCUCCAAGGCCAAGACCUGGAUGGUGGGGACCAAACUCCCCAACUCAGUUCUGGGGCGCAUCUGGAAGCUGAGCGACGUGGACCGCGAUGGCAUGCUAGAUGACGAGGAGUUCGCGCUGGCCAGUCACCUCAUCGAGGCCAAGCUGGAGGGCCACGGGCUGCCUGCCAACCUGCCCCGUCGCCUGGUGCCACCCUCCAAGCGGCGCCACAAGGGCUCCGCCGAGUGAGCCGGCCCCCCUCCCAUGGCCCUGCUGUGGCUCCCCAGCUCCAGUCGGCUGCACGCACACCCCUGCCCCAGCUCACACAUGCCCUGCCUGCCCUCCCCGCCCAGCUGUAAGGACCGGGGGUCUCCCUCCCCACUACCGCCAGAUACCCCGGUGGAAGGAUUUCGAGGGGACCACGGGAGGGACAAGGCUUCUCUGUCCGCCCUUCACACCUCCAGCCUCACGUUCACUUAGGCACAUCACACAGACACUGGCACGCGCAGGCAUCCAUCCAUCCUUCAUUCAAAUAUUUAUUGAGCACCUACUAUGUGCCCAGCCUUGUUCUAGGCACCGGGCAUUACCACAGAGAACAAAAUAGACAAAUACAUCUGCCCUCAUGGAAGGUGACAUUCCCAGGAGAGGGUACUUACACAGUCACACAAACACACACUAAUUCCUGGCAGGACCCCAGCCCCUUCCCUGGGUGAGCAGCCCUGUGGUUGAAAUGACUGAUAGACCCUCUUCUGCUCCGCUUCCUCCUGCCCAGCCAGGCAAGACCCUCAACCCACUCCAUCACAUCCUCAGGUCUCGGGACCAUGGGGGGCUCAGAGGGGAGACACAGUCUUUUUUUCCGUCUUUCAGACCUUUCUUCCUUCUUUCCUUCCUUCCCUCCCUCCUUCCUUCUCUUCCUUUUCUUCCUUCCUUUUUUGUUUUGUUUUUGCCCCCAAUUCUGUCCACACCCAUUCCCUCCCUCCCUCCUUUCCUCCUUCCUUCCUUUCUUUCUUUUUCUUUCUUUCCUCUCUCUCUUUCUUUUUCUUUCCCUCCCUCUCUUUUUUUUUCUUUCUUUUCUUUUUUAAAUAGUCUUGCUCUGUCACCCAGGCUGGAGUGCAGUGGUGAGAUCUCGGCUCACUGCAACCUCCACAUCCUGGGUUCAAGUGAUUCUCAUGCCUCAGCCUCCCGAGUAGCUGGGACUGCAGGCAUGAGCCACCACGUCCAGCUAAUUUUCGUACUUUGAGUAGAGACGGAUUUUCACCAUGUUGGCCAGGCUGGUCUCGAACUCCUCAUCUCAGGUGAUCUGCUUGCCUCGGCCUCCCAAACUGCUGGGAUUACAGACAUGAGCCACCGUGCCCAGCUACACACCCAUUUCUUUUAAAAGGAUCCUGUAGCAGGAAGAAAAACCCCUUCCAUCCCGCUCCUCCGAGACUGUAUCCCCUUGGAGGUAUUUCCAUCCUCCACUUGUUGGUGGCUGGAAAUGCCCAGCCUGCUCCUGGCCCCCUGGAAGCCUCCCCACAGCUGGUGGUCUGGACUUAACGAUUGCUGGGCCACCGCCUCUCUGCCCAUCACCAUUCCGUAUUUAAGUGGAGCCCCUACAUAGAAAGGCCUUGGGGCUUUUAGUCUCCUUUUCAGGGAUGUCGUGGGCGGGGGAGGGAGGUUCUUGGUGCUACAGCCCUCUCCCCACCCCUAAAGGGACCCCGACGCUAUCUGCUGCCUUCAUGACGUAUUAGUGCUUGACCCUGGCAGGGGACCCCACGGAAAAGAUGGGGAAGAACAAAAUACAUGGAGACGACGCCCCCUCCAGGAUGCUCGCUGGGAUUCCCACGCCCACCAUUGUCCCCCACCCCACCCCGUGGCUGGGAGGGGCCUCUGAACGGAACAGUGUCCCCACAGAGCGAAUAAAGCCAAGGCUUCUUCCCA